AUGACGUCGACAGAAAAGCCGGCGGCAUGGCUGGAGCACGCGUCGGGCGCAUUGGAUAGGGAAUAUAUUUGUAUGCCCGUCGGAGAAUGUCAGCCGUGUCCUGAGGAUCACUUAGCGUACCCGUACUGUCGACCCUACAACAAUCGACAACCUGUGGAAUGUCUGCAAACAAUCACAGGGGCCCAAGUACCAGGAUGGAGUGCUUGUGGAAAGUUCAUACAUGCGGAAGUGUAUAAGUAUACACAGUAUGUGCUCAUCAACGUUCUGAUUAUGGUGCUAGCCCUUUCGGUCUAUAUAUGGCGACAGGUUUACCAAACACGCAAGUAUGAGGGGAUGUUGUAUCAACGCGUUCACGGGCGCUCUACUCUACGGCGACCACGCGAAUAG